AUGGACUCUGCCAAAGAGACUGCCAAAGAGACCUUCCACAAGGUCACCCAUCCUAGUAUGGACUCAAGCAAGAACACCCAACAGCCGGCCAACGCCGGCCUCGAGCGAGACCUGGAGCCCAAGCCGCAAAAGGUUCAUCUACCAUCCGAAGGCGAAGACAGUGUAUACACGCCGUCGGGUAAGCUCGCGGGAAAGAAGGCUCUUAUCACCGGAGGAGACUCUGGUAUCGGCCGUGCCGUAGCCAUCCUGUUCGCUAUGGAGGGCGCCACCGUGGCCAUUGUCUACCUCCCGUCCGAGGAAGCGGACGCACAGCACACCAAGGCCCAGGUACAGAAGAACGGCGGGAAGGUCAUCCUCAUCGCCAGUGACCUGUCCCUGUCGAUUAAUUGCAAGGAUGUCGCAAAUCUGGCUGUAGAAGAGCUCGGCGGGAUCGAUAUCUUGGUUAAUAACGCUGCUACUAGGCAGGAGCAAGGAGAUAUUUGUGACAUUUCCGAGGAACAGUGGGCGUCCACUUUCCGCGUCAAUUUGGACUCGUACUUCCAUCUUACCAAGUACGUGCUGCCACAUUUGUCUAGGGGCGGCGUGAUCAUCAAUAGUGCGUCCGUGGACUCCUAUAUCGGCGUCCCCAGCCGACUCGACUAUGCGACGAGCAAGGGCGCCGUGGUUGCCUUCACUCGUGCACUCUCCAACCAGCUGGUUAAGAAAGGUAUUCGCGUUAACGCAGUUGCUGCUGGGCCGGUGUGGACGCCACUUGUGGCCGCAGGCGUGAGCGAGCAGAGUCAACAGGGUCACGGGUUGGGGAAUUGGACACCGAUGGAUAGAGUGGGACAGCCGAGUGAAAUUGCGACAAGUUAUGUAUUCCUCGCAUCUAAGGAGAGUACAUUUAUGAGUGGGCAGACCCUGCAUCCCAAUGGGGGCAUUGUUGUCAAUGGUUAA